AUGGGUAACCAGCAGUCAAACAUCGGUGGUGGCCCUGGUGGGGAUGGGAGAGAUGACAAGGAUAAGAAGAAGGAGAAGCCCAAGUACGAACCUCCACCACCACCUACCACCAGGAUCGGGCGGAAGAAGCGCAAGGCUGCGGGCCCUAGCACUGCCUCAAAACUUCCCGACAUUUUUCCAACGUCGCGAUGUAAAUUACGAUACCUUCGAAUGCAACGAGUCCAUGACCACCUGUUGCUCGAAGAGGAAUAUGUGGAGAAUAUGGAGCGUCUGCGCAAGGCCAAAGCUCAGGCUACGCUGGACUCUGUGAGCCGAGGUGACCUUGAUAUCAUGGACAGGAAUGCGGACGAAAGGAGCCGCGUGGAUGACAUGAGAGGCAGCCCCAUGGGAGUCGGCAACCUGGAGGAGCUGAUCGACGAUGACCAUGCGAUUGUCUCGAGUGCUACCGGUCCCGAGUACUACGUUUCUAUCAUGUCCUUUGUCGACAAGGAUCUGCUGGAGCCCGGUGCCAGCAUCCUUCUGCAUCACAAGUCUGUAUCGGUCGUCGGUGUGCUGACGGAAGAGUCGGAUCCUCUGGUCUCAGUCAUGAAACUCGACAAGGCACCAACCGAGUCGUAUGCAGAUAUUGGUGGUCUCGAGUCGCAGAUUCAAGAAGUCCGAGAGUCUGUCGAGUUGCCCUUGCUCCACCCGGAACUGUAUGAGGAGAUGGGUAUCAAGCCGCCAAAGGGUGUCAUUCUCUACGGUGCUCCUGGUACCGGUAAGACCUUGCUUGCCAAGGCUGUUGCAAACCAGACCAGCGCCACUUUCCUUCGAAUUGUCGGAAGUGAGCUGAUCCAGAAGUACCUGGGAGAUGGUCCUCGGUUGGUGCGACAGAUUUUCCAGGUUGCUGCCGAGCAUGCGCCCUCGAUUGUCUUCAUCGAUGAAAUUGAUGCCAUCGGUACCAAGCGCUACGACUCUACAUCUGGCGGUGAACGAGAAAUCCAGCGUACUAUGUUGGAGCUUCUUAACCAACUGGAUGGUUUCGACGACCGUGGUGAUGUAAAGGUUAUUAUGGCAACAAACAAGAUUGAGACUCUGGAUCCUGCCUUGAUUCGUCCUGGUCGUAUUGACCGAAAGAUUCUCUUCGAAAACCCAGAUCAAAAUACCAAGAAGAAGAUCUUUACCCUGCACACGUCCAAGAUGUCCCUCGGAGAUGACGUUGACCUCGACGAAUUCAUCAACCAGAAAGACGAUCUCUCUGGUGCUGAUAUCCGAGCUAUUUGCACAGAGGCCGGUCUGAUGGCGCUGAGAGAGCGCCGUAUGAGGGUGCAAAUGGAUGAUUUCCGUGCCGCUAGGGAACGGAUCAUGAAGACUAAGCAGGAUGGCGGUCCUGUGGAGGGCUUGUACUUGUAA